AUCAUUCAUCAUCAUAUCAUAUAUCGUCAUCACCAUAUCCUCUCUUUGGAAUGGAGUUGGGCAGUGCUGUGGAGUUUUUGGAGAACAGAGCCAUUCUUGUCACUGGUGCCACUGGCUUUCUCGCUAAAAUUUUUGUGGAGAAAAUACUGAGAGUUCAGCCAAAUGUGAAGAAGCUGUAUCUUCUCCUGAGAGCUGCAGAUACAAUGGCCGCCGUGCAGCGUUUUAACUCCGAGGUUAUGGAGAAAGACUUGUUCAGAGCUGUGAAAGAGAAGUAUGGGAAAAAGUUGAAUAAUAUAAUAUCGGAAAAGGUGAGUAUUGUAGCCGGUGAUGUUACUUUUGAGAAGAUGGGCGUAAAGGACUCUCAUCUGCUGGACCAAAUGCAGAAGGAAGUAGACGUUGUGGUUAACCUAGCUGCAAUUACUGAUUUUUAUGAAAGAUAUGAUGUGGCCAUUGGGAUUAAUACAAUGGGACCAACACACUUACUACACUUCGCCAAAAAAUGCAAGAAAUUAAAGGUUUUUCUUCACGUAUCCACUGCUUACGUGUUUGGUGAAAGGGAUGGGCUGUUACAAGAGAGUACAUUACAAAUGGGUGAAACACUGAAUGGAAGAUGUGGGCUGGACAUUGAUAGGGAGAAUGAGAUAAUAGAAGAGACUUUGAAAAACCUCAUAGUUGAGAAUGCUUCUGAUGAAUCCAUAACCUUAGCCAUGAAAGAACUGGGAAUCCAAAGAGCAAGGACAUAUGGGUGGCCAAACACUUAUGUAUUCACAAAGGCAAUGGGAGAGAUGCUUUUGGGUAAGUUGCGAGAUGACAUACCUCUUCUUAUUCUGCGUCCUACCAUCAUAACUAGCACUUACAAAGAACCUUUCCUUGGUUGGGUCGAAGGUGUCAGAACCAUUGAUAGCUUAGUACUUGGUUAUGCUAAAGGAAGACUAUCAUGCUUCUUAGGUGAUCCAAAGACCAUUAUAGAUGUGAUCCCAGCUGAUAUGGUGGUGAAUGCCAUGAUAGUAGCCAUGGUGGGGCAUGCAGAUGAACGAGGCAGUGAGAGCAUAUACCACAUAGGAUCAUCGGUAUCCAACCCAUUGGAGUACGGUUUGAUACGAGAUUAUGGGCACCAUUACUUCACCAAGCAUCCAUGGAUAGGCAAGGAUGGAAAACCUAUUCUCGUUGGGAAGAUGACUGUGUUAAGCACCAUGGCUAGCUUCCAAACAUAUAUGACCAUUCGUUAUCUGCUCCCUUUGAAGGGGUUGGAGAUAUUGAACACUAUAUGUUGUAAGUAUUUCCAGAGAAAGUGUGAUGAGAAGAAUAGAAAAUUCAAAUUUGUGAUGAAGCUGGUGGACUUAUAUCGACCUUACUUAUUCUUCAAAGGAAUAUAUGAUGAUAUGAAUACAGAAAAAUUGAGGAGAGCUGCAAAAGAAGGAGGCAUUGAAACUGAAUUAUUCUAUUUUGAUCCUAAAGCAAUUAGCUGGGAAGAUUAUUUCAUGAAAGCUCACUUUCCUGGAUUAGUGAAACACGUCUUCUAGUGAUUAUCAAAAUUAAUAUCACUUUUGUUCUGUCGACAAUAGUGGCAUUUUUAUUUUGAAUAAUGUUAUUUUUCUCAAUCAUUUUUUUUUUACCUUUUAACAAUACCUCAUGACAGUA